AGUUAUCAUCACUUCAUUUCAUCCCAAACCAAAACGGCGCCGUCUUGAUUUUCUUUUCUGGAAACACUGGAUAUCUCUGCAGAAGAGGGGAGGAUGGGAAUUACAGAAGCAGCUGCGGUCAUGGGAGAUGCCAGCAGCAGCAACACCUCCGAUGCCGGACCUAGUGGAAGCGGCGGCGGCGUACGGACCUUUCCGCUGGCGGCGCAGCCAGAAAUAAUGAGAGCAGCUGAGAAGGACGAGCAGUACGCUUCCUUCGUCUACGACGCCUGCCGCGACGCCUUCCGCCACCUCUUUGGUACAAGAGUUGCUGUUGCAUAUCAGAGUGAGACAAAGCUUUUGGGCCAGAUGCUCUAUUUCCUAUUAACCACUGGUGCAGGAAAACAGACCCUCGGAGAAGAGUAUUGUGACAUCACUCAGGUUGCAGGACCACAUGGACUUCCUCCAACUCCGGCAAGGCGCUCUCUUUUUAUUCUUUACCAGACAGCAUUCCCGUAUAUUGCUGAAAGGAUAAGCUCGCGUAUUGCUUCCCAAGGUCUUACUAUGGCUGAUUUACUAUCUAAUGACGCCAUGGAUGCUGAAAGUACCUCUAGCAGUCAAAUUCAUUUAUCUGGAAACUCUGAAGUUACAUCAUCAACUUUGUCAAGAUUGAAAGCCAGAAUAGCUGGAAUGUGGUCCUCUGCAGUUCGGAGGUUGCCCUCAGUGCUACCUAUAGGCCGUGAGCUUUUCAUGUUGCUUCUUCGGACAAACCUCAUGUUCUUUUAUUUUGAAGGCCUAUAUUAUCAUUUGUCAAAACGAGCUUCUGGAAUUCGUUAUGUGUUUAUUGGCAAACCAACCAAUCAAAGGCCUAGAUAUCAAAUAUUGGGCGUUUUCCUUCUAGUUCAGCUCUGUAUAAUCGCUGCUGAAGGAUUAAGGAGGAGCAAUUUAUCUUCUCUUGCAACUUCGAUUCAGCCUACAUCCCUCGGAGAUUAUCGAACUUCAACAGGAAGAGGUUUACCCAUCUUAAACGAGGAAGGCCAUCUCAUAGCUGACGACUCUGCAAAGACUAGUUUGGUAUCAGAAUCUGCAUCUACUUCAGAGUCUCAAGUGAUUGGAGUGAGCAAAUGCACACUCUGCCUGAGCAACCGCCAGUCCCCAACAGCCACUCCUUGCGGCCACGUGUUUUGCUGGAACUGCAUUAUGGAGUGGUGUAAUGAGAAGCCAGAGUGCCCUCUGUGUCGUUCGCCUGUGACUCAUUCAAGCCUCGUUUGCUUGUAUCAUUCCGAUUUUUAGAUACGGGAAGAGAUCCGUCGUGAUUCCGUUUUCAGAUUGUAGAUUAGUACAAUGUAUUAUUCGUCAAAAUAGCAAUUUCUACUAUGUGAACCUAAAUUAGAACUGAAGAGUAAAGAACAUUGGUUGUCUUUACCAAUUUGUAAAACAUAAUAAUCUUGGUUUCUGAUUUCAUUAAAUUUCACAACUUUCUAUUUA